AAUUAGAAUAAAUGCAUUUAGCCAACGGGCCCCUUCCCCAGUCUGUAAACAUGCAUGUGUUUUACGAAUUAGUGACGAAAUCUUUAUAAAUGAACGCAUACCGUAUUGCUUGUCGUGUUUCUUAUUCUGUGUUUGUAUUGUUGCACAAGUCGGCGUUUUCUAUAUGUUUUUACGCACGCACAACUUCAACGCGCGUGUGUGUGUGUGUCUGCCAGUGUGUAUGACGGUGAAUUAAAAAAAAUCGAUUUUUAACGCAAUUCAUACACUGAAAUAAACGUUUUCCUGCAGAUAGAAGGCAACAACAACAACCUUUGAAAAUGUUGAAAAUGAAUAACCGCUGGGAGCGCUGUUUACAACGCCUUGUCACCCACAAGGACGCUGAAUUUUGAGCACUCAAGCUGUCAGUCAGUCAAUCUGUCAGUUUGUCUGUCAGUCAGUCAGUCAUUUAGUCAGCCAAAGAGUAAGUCUGACUGUAUGUUGAAAAGCCAGUGCGACACUUUGUGUAAAUAAUAUAGCGUAUUAUAAUAAUUGUUGUUGUUGUCCUUCUGCCAUUUGCUUCUAUAUACACACAUAUAUACAAAUUCAAAUAUAUACAUAUAUACUCGUAUAUAAGUCCACCCACAUACACACAAUCGACCCACGAACCCACGCUCUACAUAAAUAAUGGGUCUGCAGAUGGCAACAUUUCAAGCCGCAGCAGCCAAAUUUGUUGCAGCCACCUUCCUAGUGUUGCUCAUGUGGACGCCAGCGCCCGUCGAUGCAGUCCAUGCAAAUUUUUCGGAUUUUCCAUAUAUCCAAUACCUGACACAUCCACCGGAGAUCAUCAGGAAGCCACAGAAUCAGGGCGUGCGUGUGGGAGGCGUGGCCAGCUUCUAUUGUGCAGCAAGGGGCGAUCCACCGCCAUCGAUAGUUUGGCGCAAAAAUGGCAAGAAAGUAUCUGGCACACAAUCACGGUACACGGUUCUGGAACAGCCGGGCGGUAUUUCCAUUUUGCGUAUCGAGCCAGUCCGAGCGGGACGUGAUGAUGCGCCGUACGAGUGCGUAGCGGAGAAUGGUGUGGGCGAUGCCGUUUCCGCCGAUGCAACUUUAACCAUCUAUGAAGGCGAUAAAACACCCGCGGGCUUUCCAGUCAUAACGCAAGGUCCGGGCACACGCGUCAUCGAAGUUGGUCACACGGUGCUCAUGCAAUGCAAAGCGAUUGGCAAUCCCACGCCUACUAUCUUCUGGAUAAAGAAUCAGACGAAAGUAGACAUGAGCAAUCCGCGCUAUGCCAUUAAAGACGGCUUCUUGCAAAUCGAAAACAGUCGCGAAGAGGAUCAAGGCAAAUACGAGUGUGUGGCGGAAAAUUCCGUCGGCACCGAACACUCCAAGGCCACAAACUUGUAUGUUAAGGUGCGUCGCGUGCCGCCAACCUUCUCACGGCCCCCAGAGCCCAUUAGCGAGGUGAUGCUUGGCUCUAAUCUUAAUUUGUCCUGCAUUGCCGUUGGCUCACCCAUGCCGCAUGUUAAGUGGAUGAAAGGCGCGACCGAUUUAACACCUGAAAACGAUAUACCCAUCGGACGCAAUGUCCUGCAGCUGAGCAACAUACAGGAGAGCGCCAACUUCACGUGCAUAGCAGCCUCCUCGUUGGGCCAAAUCGAGGCCGUUUCGGUGGUGAAGGUGCAAUCGCUUCCCACGGCACCAACUGAUGUACGAAUUUCGGAAGUAACCGCCACUUCGGUGCGGCUGGAGUGGUCCUACAAGGGUCCCGAAGAUCUCCAAUACUAUGUCAUCCAAUACAAGCCAAAGAACGCCAAUCAGGCCUUCAGCGAGAUAAGCGGCAUCAUAACCAUGUUCUAUGUGGUGCGUGCUCUGAGUCCCUACACCGAAUACGAGUUCUAUGUGAUAGCUGUGAAUAAUAUUGGACGUGGACCGCCGUCGGCGCCAGCGACUUGCACCACCGGCGAUUUCUCAUUUGGUGGCACAAAAAUGGAAAGUGCCCCUCGUAAUGUACAAGUGCGCCCGCUCAGCUCAUCGACCAUGGUUAUUACUUGGGAACCGCCAGAGACGCCCAAUGGACAAGUGACCGGCUACAAGGUGUACUACACGACAAACUCAAAUCAGCCGGAAGCCUCUUGGAUGUCUCAAAUGGUUGAUAACAGCGAACUGACUACAGUAUCUGAGUUAACACCCCACGCCAUCUAUACGGUGCGCGUGCAGGCGUACACCUCCAUGGGUGCCGGUCCCAUGUCCACACCGGUCCAGGUGAAGACACAGCAAGGUGUGCCAUCACAACCGAGCAAUUUCCGGGCCACUGAUAUCGGCGAGACCGCAGUGACACUGCAAUGGUCGAAGCCGACACAUUCCAGUGAGAAUAUUGUGCAUUACGAGCUUUACUGGAACGAUACAUACGCCAAUCAGGAUCAUCACAAGCGCACUUCGAACCUUGAAUCCUAUACGCUUGAUGGUUUGUAUCCUGAUACCCUAUACUAUAUAUGGCUGGCAGCGCGUUCGCAACGAGGCGAGGGCGCCACAACACCGCCCAUACCCGUCCGCACCAAGCAAUAUGUACCAGGUGCACCGCCACGCAAUAUCAGCGCUAUUGCCACCAGCAGCACGAUGAUCUCCGUUAGCUGGCUGCCACCGCCCAUUGAGCGCUCGAAUGGGCGCAUCAUAUACUAUAAGGUCUUCUACGUCGAGGUGGGUCGGGAGGAUGGUGAGGCGACCGUUAGCACACUCAAUAUAACGCACAUUGUGCUCGACGAGCUGAAACGCUGGACCGAGUACAAAAUAUGGGUACUAGCCGGCACCUCUGUGGGCGAUGGUCCGCGCUCCCAUCCCGUCAUUGUCCGCACCCAAGAGGAUGUGCCUGGAGACCCGCAAGAUGUGAAGGCCACGCCUUUGAACUCCACAUCGAUACAUGUCAGUUGGAAACCGCCGCUAGAGAAGGAUCGCAAUGGCAUCAUACGCGGCUAUCACAUACACGUGCAGGAAAUGCGCGAUGAGGGUAAGGGCUUCCUCAACGAACCCUUCAAAUUCGACGUUGUGGACACACUGGAGUUCAAUGUGACGGGUCUGCAACCCGAUACGAAAUACUCUAUACAAGUGGCGGCUCUCACCCGGAAAGGUGAUGGCGAUCGCAGUGCUGCCGUCAUUGUAAAAACGCCUGGCGGUGUGCCUGUACGGCCCACUGUCAGCCUCAAGAUCAUGGAGCGCGAGCCGAUUGUGUCCAUUGAACUGGAAUGGGAGCGUCCGGCGCAGACAUACGGUGAGCUGCGUGGCUACCGAUUACGCUGGGGUGUCAAGGAUCAGCUGCUAAAGGAAGAAAUGCUUUCCGGACCCCAAAUGACAAAGAAACGCUUCAAUGAUCUGGAGCGAGGCGUUGAGUAUGAGUUCCGUGUGGCGGGCAGUAAUCACAUAGGCAUUGGCCAAGAGACCGUUAAGAUCUUCCAAACCCCCGAGGGUACUCCUGGUGGACCGCCUUCCAAUAUUACCGUGCGCUUCCAAACCCCCGAUGUGGUCUGUGUUACCUGGGAUCCACCCACGCGGGAGCAUCGCAACGGUAUUAUUACACGCUACGACGUCCAAUUCCACAAGAAAAUAGAUCAUGGCCUCGGCUCAGAGCGCAACAUGACGCUUCGCAAAGCAGUCUUCACCAAUUUGGAAGAGAACACGGAGUAUAUCUUCCGCGUGCGUGCCUACACGAAGCAGGGAGCGGGUCCAUUUAGCGAGAAAUUGAUUGUGGAGACUGAGCGGGACAUGGGCCGAGCACCCAUGUCGGUGCAGGCGGUGGCUACUUCCGAGCAGACGGCUGAGAUCUGGUGGGAACCAGUGCCAAGUCGCGGCAAGCUCUUAGGCUACAAGAUAUUCUACACGAUGACUGCCGUGGAGGAUCUGGAUGAUUGGCAAACGAAAACGGUGGGCCUAACCGAAUCUGCAGAUCUCGUCAAUCUGGAGAAAUUCGCGCAAUAUGCUGUGGCAAUAGCGGCCCGCUUCAAGAAUGGUCUGGGUCGCCUCAGCGAGAAGGUAACGGUGCGCAUAAAACCCGAGGAUGUGCCAUUAAAUUUGCGUGCUCACGAUGUGAGCACACAUUCCAUGACGCUGAGCUGGUCGCCGCCCAUACGCCUCAAUCCGGUCAACUACAAGAUCUCCUUUGACGCCAUGAAGGUUUUCGUGGACUCGCAAGGCUUCUCGCAGACCCAAAGUGUGCAAAAGCGUGAGAUCAUACUCAAGCAUUAUGUUAAAACGCAUACCAUUAAUGAGCUUAGCCCCUUUACCACUUACAAUGUGAACGUUAGCGCCAUACCCUCAGACUAUUCCUACAGACCCCCCACUAAAAUUACGGUGACCACGCAAAUGGCCGCGCCACAACCCAUGGUCAAGCCAGACUUUUAUGGUGUUGUGAAUGGGGAAGACAUUUUAGUUAUAUUGCCACAAGCUUCCGAAGAAUACGGCCCCAUCUCGCAUUACUAUCUCGUGGUUGUGCCGGAGGACAAGUCUAAUUUGCACAAGAAUCCUGAUCAGUUUUUGACGGAGGAUCUGUUGCCUGGCCGCAACAAGCCCGAACGUCCGAAUGCACCCUAUAUAGCCGCCAAAUUUCCGCAACGCUCCAUACCCUUCACCUUCCAUCUGGGCUCCGGCGAUGAUUAUCACAACUUUACCAAUCGGAAGCUGGAGCGUGAGAAACGGUAUCGCAUCUUUGUGCGCGCUGUUGUGGAUACGCCACAGAAACAUCUGUAUACCUCCAGUCCUUUCUCGGAGUUCCUAUCAUUGGAUAUGCGCGAAGCUCCACCUGGGGAGCGUCCGCAUCGACCUGAUCCCAACUGGCCCUCGGAGCCGGAGGUUUCGGUAAAUCGCAAUAAAGACGAACCCGAAAUCUUGUGGGUAGUGCUUCCCUUGAUUGCCGCCUUUGUGGUGUCCACCACACUGAUUGUACUGUAUGUGGUGAAGCGCCGACGUCAGCCUUGCAAGACACCCGAUCAGGCGGCGGUCACACGACCACUGAUGGCAGCCGACUUGGGCGCUGGACCUACACCCAGUGAUCCCGUCGACAUGAGACGCUUGAACUUCCAAACCCCCGGCAUGCUCUCCCAUCCGCCCAUACCCAUCUCUGAGUUUGCCAACCACAUCGAACGCCUCAAGUCCAAUGACAAUCAGAAGUUCUCGCAAGAAUACGAGAGCAUCGAACCGGGCCAGCAGUUCACCUGGGAUAACUCCAACUACGAUUACAAUAAGUCCAAGAAUCGUUAUGCCAAUGUUACAGCUUACGAUCACUCACGCGUCCAGCUACCGCAGUCCGAAGGCGUGGUUGGCUCCGAUUACAUAAAUGCCAACUACUGCGAUGGCUAUCGGAAACAUAAUGCCUAUGUGGCCACUCAGGGCCCAUUGCAGGAGACCUUUGCCGACUUCUGGCGCAUGUGCUGGGAACUGAAGACGGCGACCAUUGUGAUGAUGACGCGUCUCGAAGAGCGAACACGCAUUAAAUGCGAUCAGUACUGGCCUUCGCGUGGCACCGAGACCUAUGGCCAAAUAUUUGUGACCAUAACCGAGACCCAGGAAUUGGCCACCUACAGCAUACGCACGUUCCAGCUGGUCCGACAGGGCUUCAACGAUCGACGGGAGAUCAAGCAGCUACAAUUUACGGCCUGGCCCGAUCAUGGUGUGCCCGAUCAUCCGGCGCCGUUCCUACAGUUCCUGCGACGUUGUCGCGCUCUGACACCCCCCGAAUCAGGUCCCGUAAUCGUGCACUGUUCGGCGGGUGUGGGUCGCACGGGUUGCUACAUUGUCAUCGAUUCGAUGCUGGAGCGCAUGAAGCACGAGAAGAUCAUUGACAUCUAUGGCCACGUGACCUGUUUGCGUGCUCAACGCAACUACAUGGUGCAGACGGAAGACCAGUAUAUCUUCAUACACGACGCCAUACUGGAGGCCAUUAUCUGUGGCCUGACCGAAGUGCCGGCACGUAAUCUGCACACCCAUCUGCAAAAGCUGCUGACUACCGAGCCAGGCGAGAGCAUUUCGGGCAUGGAGGUGGAGUUCAAGAAACUGUCCAAUGUCAAAAUGGACUCGUCCAAGUUUGUCACCGCGAACUUGCCCUGCAAUAAGCAUAAGAACCGCUUGGUCCACAUACUCCCAUAUGAGUCGAGUCGCGUUUAUCUGACGCCCAUUCACGGCCUUGAGGGCAGCGACUAUGUGAAUGCCAGCUUCAUCGAUGGCUAUCGCUAUCGCUCCGCCUAUAUUGCGGCACAGGGACCCAUCCAGGAUACCGCCGAGGACUUCUGGCGCAUGCUUUGGGAGCACAACUCAACCAUUGUCGUCAUGCUGACCAAGCUCAAGGAAAUGGGUCGGGAGAAAUGCUUUCAAUACUGGCCGCAUGAACGCUCCGUACGCUAUCAGUAUUACGUAGUGGACCCCAUCGCUGAAUAUAACAUGCCGCAGUAUAAGCUGCGAGAGUUCAAGGUCACCGAUGCUCGCGAUGGCUCUUCACGUACUGUUCGCCAAUUCCAGUUUAUUGAUUGGCCCGAACAGGGAGUUCCCAAGUCCGGGGAGGGCUUCAUCGACUUCAUCGGCCAGGUGCACAAGACCAAGGAGCAAUUCGGCCAGGACGGGCCCAUCACUGUCCACUGUUCGGCGGGUGUGGGACGCACAGGUGUCUUCAUAACACUCAGCAUUGUCCUCGAACGCAUGCAGUACGAGGGAGUGCUCGAUGUGUUCCAAACAGUCCGCAUAUUGCGCUCCCAGAGACCAGCCAUGGUCCAGACAGAGGAUCAAUAUCAUUUCUGCUAUCGCGCAGCUUUGGAAUAUUUGGGAUCGUUCGACAACUACGCCAAUUGAAGAAUGGAGCAAAAAUUGUAUUAAGUCUUGUAUUAAGUUUGCAGCACGUUUCGCAUAAUAUGCAUUUACUUACAAGUACGAGUACAUACAUACAAGUAUUACUAACUUUUAAAUGUUUAUAGCCAGCUACUGCCCACUUAUUGUACUGUACACAUACAUAUGUACAUGAUAUCCGUAUGUACGUGUAUGUAAGCACCUUUGAGUUAUACGCGUGUGUCGCCGGCCCCCGUAUUUGUGUUUGAAGUUGUGUUUCAUUUGAAAUUUGAAUUUUUUAAAUAUGUCACCUCGAAAAGACUGUUACACAUUUAAUUAUCAGUAAUUUAUUAUAUUAUGAUAUAUAUACAAUUUUUGCUCUAACUGAACAAAGUAUUCAACCAUCGUGGACUUGUUGUUGUGGUAGUGGUGGUGCCACUGGAAACCUAUACAUAUUUUAACUAAGGACUUGGUAGCUAUUAGUCUUACCGCCUAAAAGAACGAAUCUCGAACAGAAAGAAGCAGAACGGAACAGAACAGAAGAUAGAAGUCUAGUUGAUUGCCAUUCGGACUUAACUGUCCACUCGAAAUGAUCGUAAAUCCAAUUAUCAUUAUUAUAAUUCUAUUUUAGACGUGUACAACAAUCAAUCAAAUACGUUUUUAUACUUGCCCCGAUUAGUGCUGACUAGGUUCUUAUAAUAUCUACCUAUUAUAUAUGUAGCUGACAACCCGUGCAAUUAUGUAGUCAAAAGUCUUGUGUAGAACGAAGUAUUUUCUAUGGCAGCUGGCAAAAGCAAAUACAUAUACAUACAUAUAGUUUCUAGACUUUAGUUUUAAGUUCCAACGAAACCGAUUCCAUUCCUAAUUUUUAUAUCGUCCUGAUUGAAUGUACUUUUAAUUUGCUUCAACAUUCCUGUAUAUACCAUACCUUUAUACCUUAAACGAUACUACAUACGUGUAAUUUAGUCCCUAAAGCUAACCAACAAUUAUUGUACCUAAACAAGAAAAAAGAAAGGCAUAAGAUUAUUGUAGAUAUGUAUUGUAGCAUAUAGUUAUACUAUAUAUAUACUCAUGAAUAGUGCAGAUCGACACACGCAUAUAUAACGCUAAUAAUAAACCCAUAAGCAUAAGCAUAAUAAUGUACAUAACACUAAGCUGGUUGACGAUUAAUUGGCAUAUAGUAAUUAUAAUGAAACGUUAAAAUUGGCAAAAAUGCAUAAACAAACACUAAAUUAGUAGCUGAGUACACAUGUUAAAGAACAAUAGUAACUAUAUAUAAAUAUAUAUGAAGUAUUUGUUAAAAAUAUAGAAAUAAACAAGAAAUUAUGAUACGCAGCACAUUGUCAGUCAGUUGAUGUCAAAAGUUUGGAUAUGUUUGAUAUAAAUUAUAAAUUACGAAACGAUAACCGUAGCAGCUAAAUAACUAGACAAUGUCAGCUAUAAAUGCAGUCGCUAGCAUGUUUAGGAUACACAAAUAUCAAAUUAUAAAUCUAUUGUAUAUUAGAAACAAAUUUGUCGGCUUGUCAAAUUUUGUUAAAAUUAUAAAUUGUUUAAUAUGUUUUACCAAUUAGUCAGAUAUAACAAUUUUAAUGAUACAUCAUAGACAUGCAACCACUAAUCGAGCAAAACAAAAGCAAAAGCAAAAACAGAGCGUGCGUAUUCCACUUAAUCGUGUAAGAACAAAUAAUAUUACGUUAUAUAUUAUCGUAUGAAAGAAAUGUAAUUUUCAAGAACAGCAAACCAAGCGCAAUGAA